CUGACAGUUCCCUUCAAGCCAUGUACUCAGUUCAAACUGUCUGUGUUUCUCCAAAGAUAAUACAGUUCUGACUACGUUAUGCAUACACAUAUAUAAAAAGGUUUAGUGAAAUCGUGGGUGGAUCCUUCUCUUCCUCGGUCGAGAGUUCAAAACGUUUAGACCAGGUGAGUUUGGCAAACCUCGGUGCGAUGCAUUCGCUGGCCAAGGAGAUCCAGGCUUUCUCCAGAGACCGCCUCAACACGCAGUGCACGCGCGUCACCACCGUCACCGGCCGGCAGUUCGUGGAGAGGAGGGCCGGAGGACAGGUGACCGAGGAGCAGGUGGAAGGAGAUGGGGCAGGAUUUGGCUUCGUUGAGGACAAAAGCCUGGACCUCCAAGUUGGCAUCGUGAGACCCUCUCUACUGCUCGCCUCUCAGGAUGUAGCUCAUGACAUUGACACUCUGCAGAGAUAUAAGGUGUCUCAUGUGUUGAACGUGGCCUAUGGAGUAGCAAAUCUGUUCCCAGAUCAGUUUGCUUACAAGACACUCAACAUCCUGGACGUCCCAGAUACUGACAUCACUUCCUACCUGGAGGAAUGCUGCUCCUUCAUAGACCAGGCUCUGAAGCAGAGUGGUGUGGUCCUAGUCCACUGUAAUGCUGGCGUGUCACGGUCAUCCUCCAUCGUGAUGGGCUACCUGAUGUUGAGAGAUGGCCUGUCAUUUGAUGAUGCGUACAGGCAUGUAAAGCAGGCAAGGCCCUCAGUCUGCCCCAACCCCGGCUUUUACCAGCAACUGCAGAACUACAAACCUUAAAAUACAACCUCCAAUUCUGCUUCCAGUGCCUAUGAAGGAACUACAAUCUUUCCAUAACUACACAACCCAAACACAGAGAUGCUACCCAGACCUUAAAGGACAACGCUGGUGUUUUUCCAUGUUGUUGCCCAUUUAUUACAAAUCACAUAUAAUUUACAUUACUCCCGACCAUUUUCCAAAGCAUACUUAAGUGUUUUAGAAUUCUUGAAUGCCUUUAUUUUUUGUUGGAGGAUAAUUGUUAUUGUUGGAGGAUAAUUGUGACAGGCAUGGGUGCAAGUCCAUGAAUACUGGGAUGGCAUCCAGCACUUUACCUGUGCCACCAUCCAUAGGGUUAGUGGUUGUGUCAUGAAGGGCAUCCAAUGUAAAAUUUUGCCAAAUCAGUACACAGAUUGACAAGACCAUACUGGAUCGGUCAAGGCCCGGGUUAACAAUGACCACCAUGUUGUGCCCUCACAGGGUACCGAUGGAAACUAUAAAAUCCGCUGUGGUGACCCCUGAGAAACAGGGGACAAGCUGAAAAGAAGAGGUUGGAGGAUAAUGCAGUUGAAAGCGUGGAUUGAUUUGAGAAGUUUUCUGGGACUUUCAACUGCAUCAUCCUGCAAUGAUGAUGUAACUUUGACAAAAAAAAACAAUUGUGACUAAAUGUUCACUGUGAUUGAUGGAUUACCUAUCUCAUGCAAGUUUCAAAUCCAUGCAAGUUCAUUUUCAAUCUGUACUACAAGGAAUGGACACCAAUUGCUGCGUGGAAGGUAGGGAAAACACAUUUACGAAAUCUAAAACAGUAUGGUUCUGCUUUUGAAAAUGGUCUGGAAUAAUGUAAAGUAUACAUGAUUUGUAGUAAAUGGGCUAAAAAAGCAUGUAAAAACACUGGUUGGGUCUUUUCAGUCCCACAAAAUUUACACUUAAGGAGUUUUUUGGAAAAUGUUGUGCUUUUCCCAUUCAUGUCAAACUUAUAUAAUGACUGCCAUGAGGAAGAGGGCAAGGCACACACAACAAUGCUGUCUAAUUAUGUCUUUUGGGUGUUUGUAUGCGUCAAUGUAUAUAUUGUGUGUGUGUGUCCAUGCGUCCACACCCAUGCUACCUGUAUGCCCGUAUUUACACGAAAGGUCAAGGGAGAACAUACUAGAGCUAUUUUUAGAAAAAAAUGCUUUUCAUCAUUUAUUUUCUAAAAUUUUGCCUCAGUCGGUGUCUCGGACCAAUUACAUAAUGAUAUACAUGUCUUUUAUAAUUUUGUAUUAUUUCUGAAUGUGCUAUACUGUAUGAGCAACCCACAAGUCAAACUUUUGGUAUGUGACAACUUGUUUCCCGAAGAAAUUGGAUAAAGUAACCUAUUAAGACAGUACGGUUCAGCUUAAUUUGGGAAAUAUGGGUUCUGAUCAACAUUCACAAAUUACAAUGCAUCAUUUUCAGUCCUGUGUAAAAUAACUGACUGUGCUUUUAAAUAUACCAUUUCCUUGUAAGCCUCAUUUAUAUUCCACUGUGUAUCCCAUACCCACCACUGCCUGCUCAACUACUGUAUGAUGUAAUGUUGCCUUGCUUGUUGGGAAACACGCGUCCCUCAUAGGGCAAAACUUUCUCCAAAUUGUAAGGUGACUUAAAAUAGAUUUGGCAUGGAGAAUGUUUCCUAAAGUCGUCCUCAUCUUAAUGCAGCUUCUGUAAAAGUUCCAUUAAUGAGAAUCUCAAAACGCCUCGAAUUAAUGACCCCCGUAUCAGGGCUAUGGUUACUUAUGUGGCCUGUUUUCAAACUGCUUUUAUUCGUCAAAAGCCGUAUUAAUGUCAGAACAAGUUGUGGUUGCAUUAUUUAUUCAUGGGGUAGCACUAAGGCGAUCGAUAAAAUAUCGCAUUACUUUUCACAUUACUAGUCUCUGACACAUCCACAAGAUUCUCUCUAUGGGCCUGGAUAUAUUUUAUUUGAUUUAUUCGUAAGAAAAUGUAACAAAAUCAUAAAACUGAAAUAUAAAUAUAUAUGUGAGUUUGUGCAUGCAUGCAUGUGUGUGUGUGUGUGUGUGUGUGUGUGUGUAUAUAUAUAUAUAUAUAUAUAUAAAUGGGGUAGCACUAAGUAUUAUUAUUAUAUGGGGUAGCACUAAGGCGAUCGAUAAAAUAUCGCAUUACUUUUCACAUUACUAUUCUUUGACACAUCCAGAAGAUUCUCUCUAUGGGCCUGAAUAUAUUUUAUUUGAUUUAUUUGUAAGAAAAUGUAAUAAAAUCGUAAAACUGAAAUAUAGAUAUACAUAUAAAUAUAUAUGUGUGUGUGUGCGCGCGCGCGCGCGAGGUUGUGGGUGUGCGUGCGUGCGUGCGUGUGUGCGUGCGUGCGUGUGUGUAUACAUAUAGAAAUUAAAACUUC